GUUUCCAGGCGUAUGUUCCCGUAUGGCAGAACUCCAAUUGUCUAGAACUUCCGACAUUCGUACCCGAGUCGAAGAUUAUCUCAAUGACAAGGUACAAACUGCGGCCGAUCUUGACCAGCUGGACAGUCUCCUACAACAAAUUCAAGGCCAGCAGAACUUGUUGAAACAGCAGCUAGAAGAUGCGAAAAGAAGCCACCACGACGCUCAGACUCUUGUCGAAAAGAAAACCCAGGCCCUGAAACACAAAGCUGAAGACUUCCAAGUUCGAAAGGCUGAUGUUGACCGACGAUUACGGUCAUUGGCACAAACAGAUGUUAGCGAUGAUGCAGCCAGGAGCAUUGAAGCACGAAUAGGCAAGGUCCACAACUUGGAGAUCUCUCGAGGAUAUCUUGAUCUCAUCCACAGAGUUAACACAUUGAGUGCCCAAGUUACAGACAAACUCUUCUCGCAGCCAGACAUCUCGCUACAAGCGUAUCUCGACUUGAGGGCCCUAGUGGCGAAAGUCCAAGAGGCCCAGUCAGCCGCGGAGGGCGCCGCACCCCAGUUGGUGUAUGAGCUGGAGAACCAAAACAGAAUACUUUAUGAGAAGCUGAAGCAGAAGUUGGAAGAUGACCUUCGCAAAACACUGGAACAGAUGAAAUGGCCUAGUAAAGAAUUGAAUCUGUUAGGCAAUGUCCGAGAUCAGUGGAACCAACAAGUACGACUCCUUCUGGCGUUACAAGAACCCGACUUAGUAUCAGUGUUUGUCCGAGCAGAUGGAAGGGACUCUCCUGUUCCUGCGGAGCCUGUUAUCUUACUCCCUCUUGAGGUGAUGGUGCAACCACUUGCAGCAAGGUUUCAUUAUCACUUUUACGGAGAGAGGCCAACCAACCGACUGGACAAACCUGAAUACUUCCUCAAUCACAUAUUGGAUCUUCUCGACAGCCACAGUGGCUUCAUGUCAGAUAUGCUUGGCCCCAUAUUGGAUCAGCGAGCUGCAAAUUCUGAAGCCUUGGAGACCAUCUACACAGAUGCCAUCUCGACCUUUAUAACAGCAUUGUUACCUCUUGUUCUUGCUAAAUGUCUCUCAUUCCUCCCGCAAAUCUCUCAACAACCGCAACUACUAUCCCAUUUUAUGCAUGAGCUGAUGGGGUUUGAUGCUUCAAUUCGCGACACCUGGGGCUAUGUACCCAUUCCAAGGAUGUUGACUGAUUGGAAGGGGAUAACCUGGAAUGUUUUGAACACUCAUGGGUACUUUGGUGCAUGGCUCGCGGUGGAAAGGGAUUUCGCACUUACACGAUACAAAGAGAUCCGAGACGCUCCCGAUAGCGGUGACAUUGAUCUUGACGCUGAUUCUGCCCAGACCAAACCUACUAAGGGGGCCAUCAGAGUCAAUGACUUGCUCGAAACCAUCACAGAUCGGUACCGUGGUCUUGCAUCUUUCAGCCAGAGAAUGAAGUUUCUGCUAGAAAUUCAGUUGUCAAUCUUUGACGAUUACCAUAAUCAUCUCCACGGUGCACUGCAGGCAUACCUCGUGUCCUCGCACACGGCAGGACGACUUCUGCAGGGUCAAACGGAAUCACAUGCCUUUGGUCUCAAAGGACUCGAGUCUUUGGCCAAGAUCUAUGGAAGCGCGGAGUUUCUCCAGCGCAAAAUGUCUGACUGGAGCGACGACGUCUUUUUCUUGGAGUUAUGGGAUGAGCUGCAAUACCGCGCGAAAGCGAAUAGCAAUGGCGAUGCGUCGGUCGGUUCUGGUCUGAAUGUGGAUGAAGUCGCCGCUAGAACUUCUGAUAGCAUCAAGUCCACCGGUCUGGACGGCGAUGCCGAUACUGAUGGAAGCGGACUUUUUGACCAGACCGCUCUGGCAUAUCGACGACUGCGGGAACGUAGCGAAGAGGAGAUCCUCCGCGUAUUCGACGUCAACUUGAAAGGGGCCAUUGAUGCCUAUGCAAAAUAUAUGCAAUUCUCCUCCCUCGCCGCCACACCUUCAGAUGUUGCCUCGUUAAGCCCAUCUGCCAGUCUGGACGGCUUCUUCCAAACCACGUCAUUACUGCUGGGCUAUCUCGGCAAAGUUCUUGCACCUGGCUCAAUGCGACGGAUCACAAAGCAUUACUGUACUUCGACACAGCGAAGAAUCUACGACGGUGUUAUAAUGUCUCACACCUUUGCCGCUGCUGGUGCAACUCAGUUGAAGCGAGACAUGGCGGCCAUCGCAGAAAGUAUAGAUACGAGCACGAAGCUACGGGGAGUCGCUGGAGGAAGCAUGAAACGGCUAGAAGAAGCAGUCUUUCUUCUUACCCUCGAUGCUAAUAAGAGGGCAACCGUCAGCACUGAAAAUGGCGAUGACGAUGAUGGCUGGGGCUUCGAUGAAGAUGAGAAUGGCAAUUCAGCCAUUCCUGCCGCUGACGUCGAUGACAAGGAUUGGGGUUUGUGGGAUGCUGAGAAACUCAUCUUUCAGAGCAAUGAAGCAGCACGAAAAGCACUGGCAGAUAUGGCUCUGUACCACUUGAGUGAAGCUGAUGCCAGGAAUGUGUUGAAGAGAAGAGUCGAGCUGAACAAUUAGACACGAAGACUUGAGGAGGACAUGUCAGCACCUUGUAGUUUGCCAAUCUAUACACCAUGUAGG